UGUCUCCUGUCACGUGACGGUUCAACAUGGCGUCGCCUGCAGACACCGGCCGGCCCGGGGCUCCCGAGCGGAAGGCGAAGGGCGAGGGAGGCGGGGAGGAGGCCUCGCAGGAGGGCGACCUGCGCAGCGUCUUGGUCACGAGCCUCCUCAACCUGGAGCCGCUGGACCUGGACCUCUUUCGUGGGAGGCACUACUGGGUGCCAGUCACACAGAGACUCUUCGGUGGGCAGAUAGUGGGCCAGGCCUUGGUGGCAGCUGCAAAGGCUGUGAGUGAGGAUGUACAAGUCCAUUCGUUGCAUUGCUACUUCGUAAGAGCAGGGGACCCCACGGUGCCGGUUCUGUACCAGGUGGAGCGCACUCGCACAGGGAGGAGCUUCUCGGUGCGGUCGGUCAAGGCCAUCCAGCAUGGGAAGCCAAUCCUCAUUUGCCAGGCCUCCUUCCAGCAGGACCAGGCCAGUCCUGUCAAGCACCAGUUCCACAUGCCGGACGUGCCCCUUCCAGAGGAGCUGCUGACCCAGGAAGAGCUCAUCCAGAAGUACCUGCAGGACCCAAAUCUUCUGGACAGGUACAGGCAAGGACUCAACAAGAUGCUGGCCCAAGAAGUUCCCAUUGAGAUUAAGCCAGUGAACCCCCCAGACUUCUUCCACCGGAGGCCGCAGGAACCCAAGCAGCUCUUGUGGGUGAGAGCCAGGGGCCACAUAGGCGAAUGUGACAUGAAGCUGCAUUGCUGUGUGGCCGCCUACAUCUCGGAUUACGCUUUCCUGCGGACGGCCCUCUUCCCCCACCAGCACUACAGGGUCAGCUUCCUGGCCUCCCUGGACCACUCCAUGUGGUUCCACGCCCCCUUCAGGGCCGACCACUGGAUGCUCUAUGAGUGCGAGAGCCCCUGGGCAGGGGGGUCCCGGGCCCUCGUGCACGGGCGCUUGUGGCGCAGGGACGGCGUCUUGGCUGCCAGCUGCGCCCAGGAAGGCGUCAUCCGCGUGAAGGAGCAGCCCUCCAGCAGCAAGCUGUAGCGAGGAAGAGAGCAGCCCUCGUUCACCUGGGCAGGACCUGGAACAGCAGCAGCUCUUGAGCCAGAUGGAAGCCAGCUGGUCUGGGCGGCUUUUGCACAGAGACCCACAAACAGAAGCACUCCUUUUUAUUGGGUGAAGGGAGUUACAAGACUGGCCCUUGGCUUUCCCUUUCACUAAUAAAGGGGCGGCAGCCCCUCCCUCCAAGGC